AUGGCCUGCUCCGACCUCUGCCGCCCCUGCGGACCCACCCCGCUGGCUAACAGCUGCAACGAGCCCUGUGUCAGGCAGUGCGAGGACUCCCGCGUCGUCAUCCAGCCUCCCGCCGUGCUCGUCACCCUGCCAGGACCCAUCCUCAGCUCCUUCCCCCAGAGCACCGCCGUCGGAUCCUCCUCAUCGGCUGCCGUGGGCAACGUCCUCAGCUCCCAGGGAGUGCCCGUCUCCUCCGGAGGCUUCGGCUUCGGCUACGGCUACGGCUUGGGCGGCCUGGGCUGCUUCGGCGCCGGAAGGGGCUGCUACCCCUGCUAAGGGCCCUCACCACCACCCCUGACACCAACCACCCACACCCUGCAAGCCACGGCAUCGAUUGAAGACGCAGCUCCGGGCUGUUGCCGGCACAUGGGCUCACCCUCCACGGCUCCUCCUCUCUAAGCACCAAACAUGGAAGCAGUGAAGGGGCAGCCCAGGUUUCCUGGAAACAUUGCCCAAGUAC